UGCCAUUUUUAUUACGCAUUUCUGUAAGAUCCCGGUUCUUCGUUAUUAUUUUGUUGCAGCAUCGCGUCAGAAGAUUCAAGAUGUCUGAAAAACUCCCGAGUAAUCAACCGCAACCUAUUGUUAAAAUAGGUCAUUAUACGUUAGGCCAGACUUUAGGCGUGGGUACAUUUGGUAAAGUAAAAAUUGGGGAACACGUUUUAACGAAACACAAAGUUGCUGUGAAGAUUCUGAAUCGUCAAAAAAUCAAGAGCCUGGAUGUCGUGGGCAAAAUUCGCAGAGAAAUACAAAAUCUCAAGCUCUUCAGACAUCCUCAUAUCAUUAAGCUAUAUCAGGUCAUAAGUACUCCUACAGAUAUAUUCAUGAUAAUGGAAUACGUCUCAGGAGGAGAGCUGUUCGAUUAUAUCGUUAAACAUGGCAAGCUUAAAGAAUACGAAGCGCGACGAUUUUUUCAACAGAUCAUAUCAGGCGUCGAUUAUUGCCAUCGACAUAUGAUAGUACAUCGUGAUUUAAAGCCAGAAAAUCUUCUGUUAGAUCACAAUCUCCAUGUUAAAAUUGCAGACUUCGGUCUGUCAAAUAUGAUGAUGGACGGAGAGUUCUUGCGUACUUCAUGCGGCUCUCCGAAUUACGCUGCACCAGAAGUGAUAUCCGGUAAAUUAUACGCCGGUCCCGAAGUCGAUAUUUGGUCGUGUGGUGUUAUAUUGUAUGCGCUACUCUGUGGUACCUUGCCAUUCGACGACGAGCAUGUUCCUACUCUCUUUCGUAAGAUUAAAUCUGGUGUUUUUCCUAUUCCGGAAUAUUUGAACAAAAGUGUUGUUAGCCUUUUAUGCCACAUGUUGCAAGUGGAUCCAAUGAAGAGAGCAACUAUCGAAGAUAUUAAAAAACACGAAUGGUUCCAAAAAGAUUUACCGUCGUACUUAUUUCCAUCACCUGUUGAACAAGAUUCUUCAGUUAUCGAUAUAGAUGCUGUGAAUGAAGUAUGUGAAAAAUUUAAUGUGAAAGAACCAGAAGUGCAUUCCGCGUUAUUGGGCGGCGAUCCACAUGAUCAAUUGGCAAUCGCUUAUCACUUAAUCAUAGACAACAAGAGAAUCGCGGAUGAAGCUGCUAAGGCAGAAUUGAAAGAUUUUUAUGUGGCAUCUAGUCCUCCGCCUGUAGCAUUUAGUCCAAACGAGGCAAACAGCAGUCCACUGAGGCCUCAUCCAGAAAGAAUUGCACCAUAUCGCGAACGUCAAGGUUCGCAAGGCAGCGCACCUGCACAGAUACAAGGAAAUCGCGGUACGCCUGUGAAAAGGGCAAAAUGGCAUUUAGGAAUUAGAUCACAAUCCAAGCCCAACGACAUUAUGAAUGAAGUUUAUCGUGCUAUGAAAGCGCUUAAUUUUGAAUGGAAGAUUGUAAACACAUACAGUGUUAGAGUAAGACAUAAAAAUAAACUGACUGACAGAUAUAGUAAGAUGUCAUUACAAUUAUAUCAAGUAGAUCAUAAGAGUUACUUGUUAGAUUUUAAAUCUUUAUCCAGCGAAGAAGAGGACAUUGGACGAGGAAGAUUAUGGAGAACUUACGCAACUUGUGACUACAAUGGUGAUGACGAUGAUGAUAAUGAGGACGAUGAUGAUGGAAAUGUCAAAUGCACAUAG